GCAGCAACACAUUUUCUGAACUUCUUAGUUAUCAUCGAUCCGCACAUCGUUUCCCUUUGAACCGUUGUGUGGAAGACAACAUCGCUAAAAGGGUCUUGUGGAGGUGAGGCGAUCCUAGCGGCCACCAGAGCCCCGUUAACACGGACACCAGCGAGAUGACCAAUCAGCAAAGAACUUGCCUCGUUUGAGCGCUCAACUGCUCGGUGGCGCCACCUGCAAACUGCAUCUUCUCAUUGGCGGAGAGCCGCUGAUUGAUUUUUGUAUAAUGUCCCUGGCUUGCCAUGUAGAAGGCAGAAUGACUGGCUUCCCAUCUGUUCCCCUCAUCCCCAUCCCCGCCCCCACCCCCGUGGUAUGCCCUGGGAGAAGCAGCCAGCCUCACACCGCCUCGUGCCUUGACUCUACCCUUGCGUGCGUGUGUGCGUGCGUGUGUGCGAGCAUGCGAGCGUUCGCGCACGCGCGCGCGCCUUUUCUGUCGGUGUCCGCUGGAGAAGAUGAAAGAGCUCCGCCACUGGCCUGUUAGCACCUUGCUUUCUGCUUCUCUUCCGUUUCUUCCUUUGUGGUGGUCAAUCCUCACCUGUUGGAAGCAUCUGACCCAAGGUCCAGUCUCACCUCGCUCAAGUCCAUCGGAACAGGACUGUGGAAUUGUGGGAUCGAACUGAUAAAUUACUACGGAACCUCGUCACUUGCAAAUCAAGUGUCAAAACGCUGGCUGGCUGAAAAUAUAAAGAAAUAUUUUUUCGUAGAAUAUCACCCCGCAAUCGACUACGAAUUGUUUUUUGAGUUAUGUGAAUAAAUGCAAUGAAAUGAAUCAGGACCAAAGUGCUUACCUGUGUUAUGGGAAAAUUUGAGGGUCAAGUCGAUUUACAGUUAAAUUCUCUUCCGGCUUAUUUUCGGCCGUUGACAAAGGUGUUGAGAAAUGCCAUGAUAGAUUGCUUGGUUUAGUGUGUGUAAACACGGUUUUCUGAUUUUAAACCUAAGCCUGGAUUGAAACAUUUCAGACAACCUAGUCACAAAACUCUGGCGAUUGAUAUCGACUGAUAACAACAAAAUGGCGGGUAGUGUUCAAGAGGAAAAGGUGGAGAUAGCAGUCAUCGACACGCCCACUACCACCCCGCUGAACAGCGUGGCUAACUGUUCUCUGAUCGACGACUGCUCCAAUAUCACGGUGGUCGACUCCUACCUGGAGUUCGAGCGCCUCAAAAGCAUCAUCGUGCCUGUCAUUUUCGGGGUCAUCGUCCUGCUCGGGCUGCUGGGCAACCUGCUCGUCAUCGUGGUGAUCGUUUCGGACAAGCACAUGCGAAACACCACCAACAUCCUCAUCCUGUCACUGGCCGUGGCCGACCUGCUCUUCAUCCUCCUGUGCGUGCCCUUUACGGCUGCCAUGUUCUCCAUGCCAGUCUGGCCGUUCGGCAGCAUCAUGUGCAAGGUGGUGCAGUACAUGAUCUACGUGUGUGCCUACGCCAGUGUCUACACGCUGGUGCUGAUGUCGUUGGACCGCUACCUGGCCGUGGUCCACGCCAUCCGGUCCAUGAGCAUCCGCAACGAGUUCAACACCUGGCUGGCCAUCGCCGUCACCUGGACGGUCAUCUUCUUGGGCCACAUCCCGCUGUUGGUGGAGUACGACAUCCACCACUACCAGCACUUAGACCAGAACCGCACUUUCUGUACCAACGUGGCCCAUCUCGACAACAUAACCUUGGCCAAGAUCUUUUAUGGAAGCUUCUUUGCUUUUGGCUAUGUCAUUCCGUUGAGUGCCGUGUGCCUCAUGUACGGACUGAUGCUGAAGCGACUACUUUACGGCGUCGUCCCAGGUGGCAACCAAUCCCAGGAGUCCAUCCGCGCCAAGAAGCGAGUCACACGGAUGGUCAUCAUUGUUGUCAUCAUGUUUGCUCUGUGCUGGCUGCCCAUACAGAUUAUCUUCGUCAUACAGAGGUUCGGCAACUACCCCACCAGCAUGGAGUUCUUUGGCCUUCAGGUGGCCUCCAACUGCUUGGCCUACAUGAACUCCUGUGUCAACCCAUUCCUUUACGCCUUCUUGUCGGAAAAUUUCAGGCGAAGUUUCCAGAAGUUCCUGUGUUGCAUCACCCCGAGUUCUCGUCGCAUGGAUUACGAGCGUACUAACAUCAGAUACAGCGAGAAAGAGUCAAAGAGUACACAUUUAUCCCGAACCGCAAACAAUGUCUGGACACUGUGGUCUAAUGCUAAUGCGGUGUGUUCCAGACUCAGGCGCGGCCAUGACCAAUCCGCAUCGUCACUUCCUGCUAUGGCGGACAGCGAGUUGUCACAUGGCGCCCCCGCCAACUGUUCUCCGGCUCUGGAAGGUCUGUGUGUCAACGCCACGCAUCAUGGCUCAAACGGUAUGGUGGAGGUUGAGAAACUGGUGAAGAUCAUCGUUCCCAGUCUCUUCGGUCUCAUCUUCCUGCUUGGACUUCUGGGCAACCUGCUCGUCAUCGUGGUGGUGGCCAGCGACAAGAACAUGCGCAACACCACCAACAUCCUCAUCCUGGCGCUGGCCGUGGCCGACCUGCUCUUCAUCGUCUGCUGUGUUCCCUUCACGGCUGUCAUGUUCGCAAUCACCUCCUGGCCCUUCGGGAGCGUGUGGUGCAAGGUGGUGCAGUACAUGAUCUACGUGUGCGCCUUCGCAAGCGUCUACACGCUGGUGCUGAUGUCCCUGGACCGCUACCUGGCCGUGGUCCACGCCAUCCGGUCCAUGAGCAUCCGCAACGAGUUCAACACCUGGCUGGCCAUCGCCGUCACCUGGACAAUCAUCAUCUUAGGCCACAUCCCGUUGCUGAGCGAGUUCAACGUUCUCUACUACGAGGACUUCGACCAGAACCGUUCCACCUGCACCAACGUAGCGCACAUCACGAACCCGUACCUUGGACGUCUCUUCAACGUCUGCUUCUUCGCGUUCGGCUACGUCAUCCCACUUGGCUCCGUGUGUCUCAUGUACGGUCUGAUGCUCCGGCGUCUCUACGGCCUUGCCCCGGGAGGCAACCAAUCCCAGGAGUCCAUUCGCGCUAAGAGGCGGGUCACGAGGAUGGUCAUCAUCAUCGUCGCGGUCUUUGCCGUUUGCUGGCUGCCCAUCCAGCUGAUCUUCCUCAUCCAGAAGAUAGGCUACUACCCUCUCGAAAUCCCAUACAUUGGCCUGCAACUGGCUUCCAACUGCUUGGCCUACAUGAACUCUUGUGUCAAUCCUUUCCUCUACGCCUUCCUCUCAGACAACUUCCGCAGAAGUUUUCGCAAGUUCCUAUGCUGCGCCGAGCAGCCAUUGCCUGGGCGGAUGUCUUAUGAGCUCGUUAGCGUUCGACAGACUGAAAACCAGACCAUGGCAGAACGGGUUUGAGUUCAAGUCCUUCUCAGGUGCAAUGCAUUCUAAAUCUCUUCCGUUUCACAGCCAGUGGUCAAUAGUAGAGCUAUUCCGACAUCUUAUAAAGUGAUGCUUCUGAAGUAAGCAGACAAUUGAAGCAGCAAGAAGCCGAGCGGAAGGAAUAGAAAAGCCGUCAGUAAGUUUAGGUUAUGAAAGAAAGUUCUUCAAUCAGGGAUGUGCAGUAGAAUAAAAAGUGAGAGCAGGCGAUGAGAUGUGACGAUAGUAUAGUAACGAGGCGAAAUAUGUGUACACUACAACCAAAUCAGAGAAACUUUGUGAUUUUUUUUAUGAUCAGUCGAGUCCCAUAAACUGAAGGAGUGGAAGACUAAUAAUGUAGAUGGAAGAAGGAAAGCAUCAACAUUUUAUUGUUUUCUCAAAUAUCUGUAAAAAGACCAAGAUGAAUACAACAGAACCAUCAAAUGACAUGAUGACCCAGUCAAGAGAUAAAUUCCAGUCUUCAGUCAUCUGUAACAUGGCCACGGCGAGGACAGUCUUCACACAACAUGUCACAUAGAAAGUGUUUCUCGAUGUUUGUGUUUUUGUUCAAACGCAAAUUAUCAACAUAGCAUUUCUACUUUCAAGACAGCAGCCACAGGUUGUAUGUCUUCUACCACAUGUUGAUAUAACUGUGCCUGAAGUCUGAGUUUUUAAAGUGCUUGACAAUGGGAAAAAAAAACAUUCAAAAGAGUAAACAUGUUUUGGGAUCUUGUGGAAACUGUCGCCAUUUGUCAACAUACUGCUUGAAGUGUCCCUGAGCGGCAGGUGUUUAGUUUGCUUCUGAAAUUCGAACAACUCGUAAAUAAAUGCCUUCACUCAAAGGUGAAACUAUAACCUGCAGGGAAAAAGAAUAUGUCUUCAAACAUAGGUCUGAGUCUGUUCCUUGUCGAGCUGCAAAGCCUCUUUGGACGGAAGUGGCUCACUGUGUCAACAAGCUAUAUCGCUUCGGGAUUCUCAUCAAAAACAUUUGCAUAGACUGUUUGCUAGAACAUGAAAGUUGAGUGUCUAGCUCGUGCCUAUGGUAGGCCUCUGUGUGGUUUAUUUAUUAUGAUAUAUAUUCGUUCGGACCGAAGAGACGCAGACCUGAUGUCCUUCAUUGCAGGCCAGGGUGAGAUUCGUUUGUUGACAUCCUGCAGUUCGACUUAUUAUCGGAGUCAUAAUAAUCCAACAUGUUCUUCGAAAGAGAGUGUCUUCUUUCAGGAGAAAGAUUUCAGAAGGAACUCUCAGAACUGUUCUAGUAACAGUCUGUGUAAUUCAAGGCAUCAAACUAAAUGACUGUUCGUGUUGUAGCCAUCUCCGUGCCACAGGAGUCGGUAAUGUUUUUGCUGCAUUUGUUAUUCUUUGUUGUUUUGUUGGCAUAUUUGACAAUACUAGUGAUGAUCCAUGUAAAUGUGUGACAUGUGUAUGUUCAUCGUCUGUGGACCUUGUGUUGAGUAGAUUGGUCGAUCCAAGUCAAUCUUUUGCCGCCAUGUUCUAGUCACCAAUCAGAGAGUCAGUAAUAGUUCAUUUCAACUGUCGUAAGUCUGAUUUAAAAUUCCUCUUCCUCUUUUUUUCUGUCUGGUUGGCAUGUUGGUUUUACCCUAUAAGCUCCUAAAGUCUAUUUUUCAUGGUUAAAGUUUUGUUCCGCUUGAUGUACUUUCACUUGUUAGUAGAUAGCAUAAAUGACACAUCAGAAACGCCGUCCACAAGAGAUGAAAGAUUACUUUUCCUUUCUCAUCCCACGUUGUAAAACAAACCACAAUCGGCCCUGAUGCUUGCUGGAAAUGUCCGUGUUUUUAUUCCCGACCCCCGAAAAGUGACCGCGGCAUGGCAAGAUGAACUCGCCGUGUACCUGUGUCUUCAUCCCUUGUAUCGUUGAUGGUGUCAUCACCAAUGGUCGCGCUUAUUUUGCCUUCAUUGGCCAUUUUUGAGAGAAUUUCACCGGAAGUAGCUCUAAAGAAGAAACAUAAAUUGCUGUGGUGUCCAGCAAUGCAGUCCAGCGUCGCGUCUCUGUGUUUCUGAUUGUUCAUGUCCAUCCUGCUUUUUCUAUCCUUCUGCUUCUCAUGAUAAAUUUUCUUUGCCAGAUAGUUUCUGCCCAUCAUCAUGCUUGAAGUCCAUUUCCUCUUUGUUUCUCAAACUCAGAAACGAUUGUCCUUUAUCUACGUCGUAGAAGUAAAGAUGGUGCAGGUUGCUAGACUGGGUUUUGAUAGACUGUGUUUGAUAAAAGAAUAAACAAACCCAACUACAUGGGAGACCAAGUCGGUUGUGUCAGAAAGGUUCAAACACUAACUCUCAACACAGUCUGGAUCCGCAAGAGUGGAUAACUCGCACUUUUCAAUCAAGAAAAAUGGCGUCCUUUAUGAGACGUUCAGCUACAAUUUGUGUUGCUAUUCACUGAUGUGAGGCUUCGACGGGGGAAAUUUGUCUUAACUGAACUGAUUUGUCUCGCCAAUGAUGAAACCCUUUUGCUUUAUCAGCGGAAAGGUCUUUCCAAACGACAAGAUGUAUGGGCCACUGGGUCCUGGUGCGGAGGAUGUUUGAAAGAAUAUCUGUAAGUACUGGACAGAACCAGUCUCUUCGUAUAUUGCACUCACAUCCUUUCUGACUCUAGGUCCUGGCUCUGAAGAGGUCUUUUCAUGCAUCAUAGUGGUAGCUGCAGCUGUAAGGGGAAAAUUGUUUUGAGCAGCGGCUAAUUCAGCUAAAAAGAAGAUAAUUUUCUUGAACAGUUGUGAAAAAUUUUGGGAUUUACACAUUUAGAAAUAUGUUCUUUAAAUAUGUCUGGUAUUUUAAAUUUUUAUUUCUUUCACAUAGUUUAUUUUAUUUUAUUUUAUUUUAUUUUAUUUUAUUUUAUUUUAUUUUAUUUUAUUUUAUUUUAUUUUAUUUUAUUUUAUUUUAUUUUAUUUUAUUUUAUUUUAUUUUAUUUUAUUUUAUUUUAUUUUAUAGUAGGAGAAAUCCUCUGAAGUGAAGUGGAAUCUGCGAGGUUUUGGGUCCGAACCUUGACGAGCUCAGUAGAAAAUAAAGAUCCCUUGAACUUGGUCUUGGUUUCUGCAGAAUUAUACUGUGGUAAAAACAACCAUCUUGAAAGGCUAAAGAUAGUGUUGAUUCUUCUUCUCUUUUUUUUAGUGUAGUAAGCUUCCCAGUUUCUUCACUCUUUGUCCAGGUCAUUCACACAAGGUUUAGGCAUCCCCUCCUUAGACUGAUUCAACAGGCUAGGACACAACCUUAGUUUGCAGGAAACUUUCUGAAAGCCUUUCGUUGGGUCUGAGUGACACAUAAGCUGACAAUAACAUUCUCUUACUUCGGUCCAGCUUGGGGCGUCAGGACAGGCUAGGGAACACUUCCUGUGCCAGAGGUCAGCUGUUGAUGACGCCCGUGAGGAGGCGGAGGAGUCGAGAUGCUCAGGACAAUGAUAGCUGAGGCUGCUGAUCACCUACAGCGCCCUCUCUCGGCUGCAGAGAUGAGAAGCUUAGCAUCCACUCUACCGCCUGCUAAUGUCGUGUGCGAUCUCGGCGGGAUGCUAAAAACCUUGUCCACGACCUCUUCCCACUCACGCUGGCUUUUUAACGCGAGCACGCUAACCUCUGGGGUUCAUAGUUCAGGGGAGAGAGGGCGGGGAGGAAAUAGAGAACAAAACGAAUGAUUCUGUACCAAGGUCAGAUUUCUUUUUUUUUUUUCUUGAGAGUCGCAGAUGUUAAAUUGCUAAAAACUCACACCCUCUCUCCCCCCCCAAAAAAAGAGAUUUUAUUUCAGUUGUUUGGUGAUCAGUACAAUGAAAUCCUCCUUUACUGUGUUGACAGAAACAAUUUUGAAGGGCAAGGUCGAGCAAAAUAUUUCUUUUUUAUUGCUUUUAGGAAAAUGCACAAUUCUGUUAUUUUAUAUUAUAAUAGCCUAACAUUAGCACCAAAGAUUGUUCUUCUGCUCUGUUUACCGCCCAUCUGCUAUAGGAGCUGCAGAACUAGAAGCCCACUUAUCCUCUGUUUUUCAGUUAGGAUGCUGCUAGCCAUUCGUCAAGCAAAAAAUGUAAUAUUUUUCUCCAGGUUUUAAUAAUUGUUUGGCACCUUCAGCAAUAAUUCUCUCCUCUCCCGUCCUGUUUUCAGGACAUAGGUGUCGCUCAAACGUACAAGCGAAAGACUAGGUGGAUGUGUGGGGCGGAAUAUCUGCUGUAAAUGCUUUAACACUGUUCCUCACUCCUUUCUUUGUGUGUCAUUGUUUAUGGCAAAGCAAGUCUGUAAUCGUGGCUUGUUUAUGAGGAGGACUAAGGUAAAGGACUUCCCCCUCCUCUAUCCAAGCUCGUGAAAGAAGAUUUUCCUGGCCUGAACUCUUUGCCAUCAGGUAUUACCACACUUUCGGUGUAAAAGUCACAGGUCUGCAAGAUAGAUUACCGCUUCUUACCAGUAGGUAACGAAUGAAAAGGAAAGAAAAAAUAGAUAUAUCAAAAUUAUGAUGUUCCUGGUCGAUCUUCGUUUACAUAUUUUGUACAUGUGUUUCUCUCCUGCACUGUUGGAUCUCCUUCAAGUAAAGUUUAUUAUGGUUUAUCAUAUCAUCUGACUGCCCCACCCCCAUGUUGGCCGAGAUGUUGCAUUUAUUUCCUCACCAAAAAUUAACUUUAAUAAAUGCAUGUGCCAUUCCAUUAGGUCAUCACCAUGCUUUGUGAACCGCUUCAUAUGAAUCUGAUGUCAGACUGUUUUGUCCGACAUUCUAGGUACCCACUGAAUUAGCCCUUUAUCUCCUUGAAGAAUUCUGUCAGACAUGAGUCAGAUCUCCUUUUCUUUGUUAGAAGUGUCUGAAAGGAAUGAUGGUAAAGGAAUCUUCUCUAGUUUUAGCAUUCCUUGGCAUAUCCUUUGAAACUGCUAGGUUUCUCUCUCUUCUUUCUUUUUGUCUUCUUUCUUUCUUCUCCAAGACCUACUUACUCACCCUGACCCCGUCCUUCUUUUCUCGUCUUCCCUGAAUGGGAGUAGGACGGCUGUAAAGUCGAGAUGAAUCUCACCACUGUGGAGUAUUUAUCGCAGACCUCAACUGAAACACGAACAAUGAGGCUGGUAGACCGCUCUACCGAACUCACUGACCUCCGACCCUUUCCUCUCAUGUACCUGCCAGCUGUCCUAAUCAAAUAUGUCUGCUUCUCCUUGCUGCUGCGGGAUCUGGACCAUCUCACCCAGUGUCCUGUUAAGACGGUUAUGCCAUUUGUUAAUCGUGAUAAAAGUGGAACGGGUGGGAUAUGGGUGCACAAGAUCAAAGUUGACUGGGGAGUAGACACUUGAAUUAAGACCCUCCCUCCCCUGAAGGCGUUGAUCCUGCUACAGAUGUUGUCAUCUGGACUAUUUCAGUAAUAACUAGAGCAAGAAUAUCAGAUGAGCAUUAUAUUGCCACGCACAAUCAACUUCUGCUUGUUUAAACUAGGCAGUGAAGGCUUAGUUUUAUAGGAACUGGCCAUCCCCCAGGUAGGGAAGCUUUCCCUUGACACACGCACACACUCAGCAUUUAUGCUGUCUAUUAUUUUUGACAUACAAAUUUCAAGAAUUUGUGUUUCUUUUAAUUUUGUGAGAGAAGUCCUGCAUUGUUGCAUUGACAAAGCAGCAGUGACACACCGCAUAAGACUAAAAAAAUAUCAAACUAUCCUGCAUCUGUUCACCAACAUAUUGGAAGAUUCUAGAAACUCUCGAAAAACAACAGUGGCUCCAGAAGCAAUACACAACAUUUAUUUUGUCUUUUCUAAUCAGACAAAAGCCAAUUUUUCCAUCCUUAUAUCUGAUUUAUAGAUGAAGUUAAUCUGACAAAAUCCAAUUGCUAAAGCUUUUUUUUUAAAUUUUUUCAGUUUCACACAAACAUAAAUAUUGUUGAUGACUUUGCUGUUGUCUCACGCCCACCGCUGUUUUGUUUCGUUUAAAGUAAGAAAUACAUUUUUCGCAUUUCAGAUUACUGUUUGUGAAAAUAUUGCUUUAAUCAUCAGAUGACUGUCUCUACAUGUUGCAGUCCAAUAAAAUAAAAUUAUGUACAUUGUUGUGAAAAGUACAGGAACUGGCUGAUGCUGUUCACGUGAAGAACGAUCCCAAGCUUUCUCUCAAAACUCUGUUUGGAAUAUUUGUAAGCAUACAUGCAGAUCACAUUCAUGGUAAAGCUCUUGGUAUGAAAUAAAAUAUUGAGGCUUUGGGGCUUAAAAAAGGUGGAGGGGCAUGGAAAGGUGUAGAAAUGAGUUGCUGGGGAUAGAAAGAUGGAGGAAUGAAGCUACAGGGUAUGGAAAGGUUUGGGGGAUAGGGGAACAACAUCUUCAUAAACAUUUUCGUCAUUUUGCAGUUUCUACUCUUCCCGCAGGCCCACCUGUCUGUAAAAAUGUCACCUGCAUGUUUGUGAAAGUGGUUAUGUCAUGUGUGUAUAAAGACUUCCAAACUAAUGUAUCUGUGUCUGUUCCUUAUUUCUUUUAUACGUCCACGUGAAGCAUUAUUAAUUUAUUACAGCUGUGUGGUCUCGGCAUAUUGCACUGUUGGUCUUUGACAGCUGCCAUACACAGGCACCAGGUGAAGAUGUUUUCACCAGGUGUGAGUUGUUUCUUCAUAACACUGAAUAAUGGAAGCCAGAGGACCAGACCCCAGAUGGCCGCCAAACCAACAAAUCAGUCGUCGGAGUGGAGCCUUUAAAAAUUAAACCCACAGACACAAAGGCUUGCCUUUCUGUUCACCAAUGUAGCAAAAGUCUGUGAAAAGGCUAAAAUGAUGCCAAUGACCUUUUAAAGACCAGACAUUUCAUUGAAAUAUCGGUACUAAGGACGAUUGACAGAUAAACUUACAAAACUGUUCUGACCAUCAUAAGUUUUAAUGACAGGACAGGUUUCGUAGUUGUUCUUCGUCUUUCUUAACGAUUAACGAAAACAACUUUAUUCAGUACUUUCAAAUCAGUGUAAAUUAAUUUAGAAAAACAAACAAAGACCGUAAAUACAACAUCUGAUUUUAAUGGUAAACGAUUAUCAUAUACUCUUACGUUUGUGAAACAAUUUCUAUACGAAGUCCUGGGCUAAACUUGGAUUCUGCUACUCAUUGUUCUACUUAUAAAUGUUGCAGUAAAUAUUCAAGGCAGGAAAUGUAUGUGUCAAAUACUGUUUAUCAAUCUGUGGCUUCGAUGCUUACAACAAUUUUGUUGUGGAAACAGAAUUGUUUUCUUUCUAGAUGUAACUCCACAGUACUCGUGUCCUAAACUUCAUCAUGUACGACCAUUGGAUGCCCAGUUGUUUUUAUUUCUCUACUCUCUUCCCAUUGCUGGUUUGGAACCAUUGUCCAAAGAGGUCAACACGUAUGUGGUUCAAACUACACCUAAAUCAGUUAUCAUUGAAAGAAUUUAUUUGUCGGUAGAGAUGUUUUUUUACUGUUAACAACGUCCCCAGUUUCUGACUUAUUUUUCUGGCCAGCUUUUUCAUCAGAGGACUGCGAAUCAGGUGGCCAAUUAUCUCCCCAUCAGGCCUGUGAAGGUGCGUAACUGUGGUUAAUACUGGGAGCUUGCCAGACUGUACCUCGACACAAGUUAACCCUUUACUGGUGACAGAUGGGACUGCGUUCAUUUGUCGCGUGUCAGGAAAUUACUGGAACCUUGCACAAGACGCACCAGACGACAGUAGCUUCCGUUCAGGAUUCACAAAUUAUUGUUAACAAUUACUUCUCUAUCUCUAAAAACAGCAUCGCUCGAUCAGCUCGGCUAAGUUCUGAAGUAAUGCAAAAACAACCAAAUGAGAAAAUUACUCUCAUUAUACUUUCUAACUCAUCUAAAGCUUGAAAUGUUUACCAGUAGACUUUGUGUUCUUUCUCGACUUUGCUGCUGUUAAAUAGCAUCAGUCCAUCGGCUUAUAUAUAUAUAAUGCCUUAUUGAAUUUACAGAGAUUACAUGAAUCACCAUUUUGAUACUGUGAGGUUUCCUUUUUUUAAGUACUUGGGUGAUUUUGAUUCUGCCAAUAUUUCAUGGAAAUAUAUAUUUCAUCUUAAACUUUUUUGAAACUUCUCCUUUUAGUCAUUUUCUGUCUUUGCAAAGGUAAAUUUUAUGAACAACUGACAGAAAAUGAUACUGAGGAGCUCGCCUCACCCCCAACUGACCUCCGCCAACUGUUAGUCGGAGGGAGUCAGUGGAGUCUCGGAGGACAGGUGCCAUUCCGUGACCCACCCCAACACCAGUUUGUCUCCAUGGUAACGUGGCAGACAACUAGCAGCGUACCUUUGAUCAGUGUCAGUUCAUCGCGGUCAUGAGAGAAAAUGUAUCAAAUAUGUAAUCAUUCAUUUGUAAAGGAAUAAACAAAUUUUCUCUUUGUCUGCCGUAUACGUAAACAAACCUCUUUCCCUUGAAAAAGGCCGAAACACCUCCAUCGCUGUAGCAGAUGGUAGAAAAGGUCAAAUGCAUCAAUUACCAUGCGGUGACCUAUGUUGGUAAGCAUGCUGAAUGUGUGUAAAUCACUCAGACAUUGUCCGUAGCACGGAGGCAACACUGGACAAGGUGUACAGGCCGGUAAUAUGAUGCUUCCUCUUCAGCAGCUCGCCAUCCUUGCUGUCUCUCACAUGCAAUCGCUGGUCUUACAAGUGGAUUGCCUGCGAUGAAUAUCUUAGGAUAUUGGCUUUUCACCAUGCAGUCAAUAAGCAAAUAUAGUGUAGUGAAGAUUGUCAGAUAUAUCCAUGUGCUGUUAACAGUCUCUUUCUCUAUCAAUUUAUUUGAAUUUAUGUGUUCGUACGCGUGCAUAAGUGUAUUUGUGUUUUUGUGUGUGUGUGUGUGUGUGUUUGUCCGAUUGCAAGCGUGAGAAAUGUGGUAAAUCGUUCUUUUUUUAUACAAUUGGACUGAUAUCAAACUUUGUUACACAAACACACUGUCUAUGAUAUCAAAUAUCCAAACCAAGUUGAGAAUGUUUGUAAUACUUGUGUCAAAGAUCCGAAAACAAAGUAGUUAGUCUUUUGUCAAUAAUUAAAAACUAUUGUCAAUUAAAAAUCUGUCAUUAAUCUCCAGUCUGAGGUAAAAAUAAUUACGCGGGUAAAGAGUCUUGUGAAAAAAAGUGAACAAAUAUUCAGGAUGGGCUUUCAAGGAUAGUCCAGCGGACAAACAGAAUAUCCGAACGAGAACCAGCUCUUGCUAUUUCUUGCUAUGCCGUAGUGACUUCCAUAACGAGGCUACGAAAAGCCGAACAAUAACAGCAAAAUAGGAAGCAAUUUGCAGUUGACUGGCUAGUUUUUGCGCUGGAAGUGAGCUGCACUGAUCCAGAAUAAGGACUGGCAAGAAGAAAGCGAGAUGGGAGGAGAGGGAAAAGGCUAACAAGCAAACGUUCCCAGUAAGAUGAAUCUUCCAGAAAAUUCGUCUUAAUGUACAGCUUUCCUGACAUAACCGCCGCCUGUGGUGGCCACAAUGAGAGGUCCGGAAAGACGACCUUUUGCUGCUGAGGACUAGAACUGAGAUGCUGACAGUUUGACCCUUGCAGCUGUUCUUGGAGAACAAACAGAAAAUCCCUCGUGAUGUCAAGCAAUCUUUCAAACGCCUCCCCUCUGAGAAAGAUUUUCACAAAUUGAACCACAUACUGAACUGCCGAUCUCCUAUUUGCAGGGGGCAAUAUAAGGUGUUUGUUCCGAUUGCGUUCAAACCCGCGAGAAAUAAUGAUGGCCUAAGGAUGGCUUACCGGUCACGAAAUUUUACCCUCGUGACGUCAGAUAUUUUGCAGUUGGAAAACAGCUGCAAGCGAUGAAUACUCGGGGAGGUUGAUGUCGCAUGCAUGAGGAUGCGUUCUGGAGGUCCCUUGUCUCUCAACGUAUUUCCUCAUAACAUUUACCUGUAUAGACAAUUGAGAAGGGAAAAAUGUCAAAGGUCAAAAUCCAAGUAAAAAUACAUCCAGUCCUAAAGUUGAGAAUGUUUUAUUUGUAAACAGUUGUUAUAUGUGUACAUUCUGAUUUCGCAAAUUUCCGUAUAGUUGAUCAGGUGUCUAAUCAUUCUCCCUGUAGAUUUUAUGAGAUAAUUUGUUCUACAUCUGUGCUACCCUUAGACAACAAACAAAAGCAGUAUUAAUUAAUCAUUUAGUCUACCUUUUUAACGCGUUUCUUUGUAUCCUAGGUUUUGACUUUUAUUGGUAGAUGACAAGCGAAUGGUCAUCACCGAUCACCAAAUGAUUACAACCUACAGAUAUUCUUACGAUAGCUUACAGACUUAUUUGAGUUCUCACUCAUCAUCAUCAUCAUGUGUAAACUUGUCUAUGAUUUAUCUUUUUUGAGGGAAGAGGGGGAAUGACCUGAAAUAACCUUAUAGAAAAAAACUUUUACCUGAAUCUCAGGUACAAUAGGUAACAGACUCAGAAAGUGUUGUGUAUGCUCCAGAAUGUGUUUUUCCAAGAUGUAUUAACUCUCGGCGAAUCGGAGGGUGUAACAUGUAAAAUGUAACAUGUAAUCAUCGGCAAAUGUAACAUUUUUGUUCACAUGUGUGACUUAUUGUCUCUCGCAGCUUUCAGCGCCGUGUCAGCUGACAAGUCCCUGGGAAUGUUACUUUGGCAUCAUGUUAGGAAAUCAUAGAGUUUCUUAGUAAGAUGAAAAAUUAUCAAGGAGCAGAAAUCCACAGCCGAUGACAUCCUCUGUGUUUGCUCUUCCUUGUUUCUCAGUGUGUUUGUGUUGUAGGUGUGUGGCAUUAUAUUUCGUAAAAAUCGUAUUCUGACAUCAAAUAAACCAUUUCUGUAAAAAGACUGUUGAAUGCUGUUUCCUUUCAAUUAAAUCAGCUUUUGCGCGCCAAAAAAAAAA